AUGAGCAGCAGCACAGACGCACCUGCGCAGCCGAAGAAGGAGGUCCGUGUAGUGGGCGACAUUCCAGUAGUACAGGGCCCCCCACCUGAGCCUGAGACGGAUUCAGAGCAUGAGAAUGACCAUGAGAACGACCCCGACCCGGAGCCCGAACUCGAACUCGCGAAGUCCGAAGAAGAACGGGACGACGACAUAGAUGGCAUUGAGGAGCUCAUGUGCGCAUUCCCAGACGAUGAGACGCAUUUGGACUUGAUGCAUUUGCGUUUAAACUCCACCAAACAUUUGAACCUUGCACGAUUUGCAAAGACGCUUCAAGUCGUCGUGUUGCGUCAAAAUGCAAUCACGACGAUGCGCGGUAAGGAUUUGGGUGCACUGCCAAACUUGAAAGAUCUCGAUUUGUAUGAUAACCUAAUUGAGCAUAUUAGCGGACUUGAGCACGCUACACAACUUGAAGUCUUGGAUUUGUCCUUCAACAACAUCCGCCACGUUUCCCGGGUGGCACAAUUAAGCAAUUUGCACACGCUCUACUUGGUGCAAAACAAGAUUGCGCGCAUUCGUCCUUCUGAUUUCUUGGGUCCUAUUGCGCAUAGUCUCAAAAGCAUUGAGCUGGGGGGUAACCGAUUGCGCUCUCUGGAAAAUAUAGGGAUGCUGACGAACUUGGAGGAGCUGUGGGUGGGCAAAAACAAGAUCAGCUCUUUUGAUGGAAUUCAAUCCCUUACCAAGUUGCGCAUUCUAUCUAUCCAGUCAAAUCGCUUAACGUCGUUGGAUGGGCUGCAGACACUGACAAACCUGGAGGAAUUAUACGUGUCGCAUAACGGGAUCGAAUCGCUAAAAGGCCUCGAAAAUAAUGCGAAAUUGACUACACUGGAUGUGAGCGCAAACAGGAUAGCCAACCUUGAUGGGAUCCAACAUUUUUCGAGCCUCGAACAGCUCUGGGCAAACGAUAAUCAAAUUCAAGAAAUUAACAACUUGGCGGACUACAUUGGACCUCAGCUGAUGCCGAAGCUCGAGACGGUGUACUUGGAAGGAAACCCGUUACAGCGUGUGGCAGGAGCUAGCUACCGUCGCAAAAUGCAAUUGAUACUACCCCAGAUCACACAAUUGGAUGCUACGAGUAACUUUUCCGCUGGUAUUGUGUAUGAUACAUAG